UCAGCCGGCGACAGCCUCGCUUCCAUGUCUGGUAAGCCGCUGGUGCCUGCGCCCGCAAGCAGUGACGUCAUCGCCAGAUCUAGAAAGGAGGAGCGAAGGACAGUUUUGCACUGGAACCAUACCUUCACUGAAACACAGCCAAAUUACCACCAAAAUGUCGUCUAAGAGACUGCAACAAACCCAGGCCCAAGUGGAUGAGGUUGUGGAUAUCAUGAAAGUGAAUGUGGAUAAAGUACUCGAAAGGGAUGCAAAGCUUUCUGAGCUUGACAAUCGAGCCGAUGCACUUCAAGCAGGCGCAUCUCAGUUUGAGACAAGUGCAUCACGACUCAAACGAAAGAUGUGGUGGCAAAACUGCAAGAUGUGGAUAAUCCUGUGCAUUGUUGUUAUUGUGAUAAUAGCUGUUAUAGUCAUCUGGGUAGUGACAUCGACAGGGACAGGUUCUUCAUCAAGUUCUUCAAGCACCGCUGCACCAGCCACAAUUAAACCCUGACCAUCAAGCAUCCACUGGAUAAAGGCCACAUGUAAAAUACCUCUCAAAUUCCUGUAUUAAAUUCCUAAUUCUGUGUUAUGACUGCAUCUUUACUGUUGCCUGUCGACAACUGUGUGACUCUUCUUAGUUGUUUGUUUACAGCUAUGGUAAUUGUUUAGCUGUUAAGAAACACAGCCUGUAAGCUAUUACAGUGGAACUUUGAUACUGUGGUAGGGUGGCUAGUAAGGGAAGAGUUAGGUAGCCACCAUAUGCAAGAAUCAUGUUUUUUUUUCUAUGCACUUAGGGCAUUAGAGAAUAAAUGGAAACUAGAUUGACCAAAUCAGCACUGCUCAUGUGUAACCACAAAAUACGGUACCUUUAUAGACUUAUCAGUUCUAAAAGCUUUUGAUGAAGGUUUACUGAAUUGAUUUAGAAAGUGGAUUCAUGGUUGCAUGAUAGGGUUCAAAGCAUUGUUUCCCAGCUGUUAUUUUCUAAAAAAAAAACUGUACAAUGGGAAUGGUUUAUUUUUGGGUUGUGGGUUACAUGUGAGAAAGGGAAAUUUUUGUCAUUUUUUUAUCUUUUAGCACAACAAGGACAUGUGGACCAAAAACGUUUGAAAAAGGAAAACAUAAUGGGUGGGGUGAGGGGCGAGUGACACUCGUGGCCUAAUAAUAGGUCAGUAUUGUCUGGAAAUUAACCAUAUGGCAAACUUAUUUCUGGAGUUAAGAAACAGUAUAUUGUCAUUGGUUAGUUGGAGUUCCUUGAAUGUAAAUGCCCAGUAAAUAACCAGUAGUGGAAGCAAGAAGAGAUGUUUUAUAAAGAGCCCUUUCCACUCAGCCCCACUACAAUGUAUCAUGCUAGAGCUUUAUACAUGAAAAAUAUUCAAAAUAAAAUAGACUUGUAGAAA